GCCAGCUAAUUAUGAAAGGGAUAUGAAGUUGAAAGAUAGAGAGAUAAGGCAGUUCCAGUCCACCCAUUACGUUCCCUAUCCUUCUAGCCUUUUCUUCCCCCAUUCGACCUUUUCUCUAUUACUUCGCCGAAUCAGGCAAUCCAGAAUCCAGAAGCAACCACUGUAUCUAGAAGAUUAUUGUUACCAAAUUAUCUUCUCGUUUAGAAUGUUGCACUUUCUUGGCGGGAGAUUUGAGCGGGUUUUCUCCCUCGUCAAAAUUUGCCGCCAUCAUCUCAUGCCAUAUAUAACAGCAACCCCUCUUAUAUAUGGUUGGUUUGGUGGGCAGUAUUCUUCUUUGACAUUAUUCUCUACAGUCCAGUCUCAGCCGCAUCAGCCACAAGGAAUCUUUGCAUCUGGAAAAGCCUCAACGAGCAAGGAAAGGAGCGAGUCCAUUGAUGCAUUACUCCAUCUGUUCUGGCACUUAAGAAGAUAAACUCGAAUGGUGAACGAGAGCUUUGAAAAUUUCUUGCAGCCAGGGUACAAUUCUUGAUCAGCAUCCUGCAAUUGCUAGGGAGUUUGGAAAGCUGAUUUGAUGAGAGGCGAAUAACUUACCAGAUUCACGACCAAAUCGUUUGCGGGACUAAACGAUCCAAUUGGGAGCCUUCCUUUGAGAUGGAUUUUGUGCGAGAGAUUCUUCAAGCCGAAACUGGAAGAGAAGCCUAGGAGAGAGACUGAUUCGAUGAGGUAGAAAUUGCUCUAUGGAAUUAAGCAGUUGAUUCCCGCGCGCGAUUGGGAUUCGGCCUUAUUCCCGCGCUAUAUCUAUUCCCAUGAGUUCCACCGUUUCGUUUUUGGAGUUGGACAGGAAGAGUUUUCUUCCUUUAUUAUUGGUAAAUUAAAAUUGAGAAUAAGUUUGAUGGGGAAGCCCAUAUACGUAGGGUCUUCAUUAUAGCUUAAAUUAAUCUUUUUUUGUAAAUGCACAUCAAGAAAUUAAAACUUCAAAGUAUGCAACGUGUAUAUGCAAUUAAAUUGUUUUGCAUUAAUUAAUUGGUAGAUUACAUUUAAUUAUCAUGUAUUUAACUUUUCCCAACAUUAUUAGUUUAAAUGUAGCUUAAAAUGGAG